AUGGCGGACCUGCGCUUCUUCCAGCACUUUCUCGUCUGCGCGUACCCGUCGCUGCCCAUCGGCGGGUGGUCCGUCUGGCAGCUUGUGUCGCAAAUGUCACACGAUUACGACUUUCUGGCGCACGCGAUGGUCGGCCUCGGGGCAUCGCACCUCAGCCUGCUGACGCCAAGGAGAUACGUCCAGAACGCGCUGCAGCACCGCGUCGUCGCCAUCAAGCGCCUCAACGAGUUCCUCACGCGCGGGCAGCAUUCGGCGUCCGAUACCGUCGCCGCGUUUGCGGCCAUCCUGGUGCUGACCUAUCAGGCGGCGCACAUGCCCGACGGGCUGUACGACUUUCUCACCAUGACGCGAGGGUGCUUCCUCGUGGGGCCGAUGAUCGGGGAGGAGUUUCGGUCCUCGGUGUUUCAGACGUUUGAGCGCGAGUGGUACGUCGAGCGCGCCGUUGAGCUCGUGACACCGGAGGCGCACCGCUUCCACGAUCAGGGUCUGGCGGACGGCUUCUGCGCGAGCCUCGAGCAGUUGGGGCGACUGUUCCAGAGCGUCGCCGAGGUUGAGUACCUAGCUCUGAUGCGGCGGAUUGCCUCGUCUGUGGGCGGCGACUUGGCCGAGAGCUACCGGCAGCACACCUUCCUCUACGAGAAGCUUGGCCACCUCACGGCCGACGAGUAUGCCUCGUUCGUAAACCCGGGUAACCACGUCUCGCGGCUUGUCAUCAUGCACAUGCUGGUGCUGGACUGUAUCAUGGCUGGGCGUGUCGAGGGUAGCGACGAGAAGCGGCGACCUGUGACGGCGACGCUGCACCACCACGACUCCCGCAACGUCAUGAUCUGCGUCUGGGUUGGGAACAUUUACGCGAACCUGCCGCUGGAGCUGCGGCAGUACGCGGAGUGGCCGGCGUGGUUUGCGCGCAACUUGAUGAGCUUGUUUGGCGCUGACACGGGCUGCUAG